CAAUGUCAGCGUUAAUAACUUAAUUCUUUUUUUAGAAGCAAUAAACAUCUAUAGUCUUAGAAUUUUGGUCACUUUAAAUUCAUAGAUGGCAAGACCUGAUGCUAGUCAAUGACUUUCCCGGUUUGGUGCAAUUUCAGUAGUCUUUCUUUGUUUACCAGUUUUCUUUUCCGCCAUAUGAUGUAUGCUUUCCAAUCUGAUAAUGAGAACAUAAAAUUUGCCUAUCCAUGUUCUUGCUACUUUUUAAUGGUAAAACAAUUAUUAUGUUUAGUUCCUUUAUGGCUUUACGUAGAAUGAUGGGGUGCUAUAAGUUCAUGUUGCUUAGAGUUUCAUCACGAUAAAUAGCUGGCUCUGUUUGUGAAUGCUAUCAUCAGUAUAGUGACAAAUCCGUGGUGAAGAUUGUAUGAAGCGGAUCAAACUGUGAUUAUUAUGUCUGAACUGAUUGAAGGUCUUCCAGACGCAGUUGCCCUUAGGUGCCUUGCAAGGGUUCCUUUCUACCUCCAUCCUAAAUUGGAGCUUGUUUCUCGUUCCUGGAGAGCAGCCAUUCGUAGCCAGGAGCUGUUUAAAGCACGGCAGGAAGUUGGUUCAUCAGAGGAGCUGCUAUGUGUGUGCGCAUUUGACCCUGAGAAUUUAUGGCAGCUUUAUGACCCUCGAAGAGACCUCUGGAUUACUCUCCCUGUUCUUCCCUCAAAAAUCAGGCACCUUGCCCACUUUGGUGUUGUCUCGGCAGCUGGGAAGCUGUUUGUGCUUGGUGGUGGCAGUGACGCUGUUGAUCCAUUGACUGGAGAUCAAGAUGGGAGCUUUGCCACAAAUGAGGUCUGGUCAUAUGAUCCUAUAAUACGACAGUGGGCCCAAUGUGCAUCCAUGCUUGUGCCUCGUGCUAUGUUUGCAUGCUGUGCAUUGAAUGGAAAGAUUGUUGUAGCAGGCGGUUUCACCAGCUGUCGAAAAUCAAUUUCUCAAGCAGAAAUGUAUGAUCCAGAUAAGGAUAUCUGGGUCCAAAUUCCUGAUCUCCAUCGUACUCAUAAUUCAGCAUGCACUGGGCUAGUCCUUGGAGGAAAGAUGCACGUCUUGCACAAGGGCUUGUCGACAGUGCAAGUAUUAGACCCUAUGGGUCUUGGGUGGACAGUUGAAGAUUAUGGUUGGCUCCAGGGUCCAAUGGCAGUUGUUCAGGGCUCUAUCUACAUCAUGAGCCAUGGAUUCAUUUGCAAGCAGGAGGGCAACUUGAGAAAGGUAGUGGUUUUGGCAUCUGAGUUUCGAAGGAGAAUCGGGUUUGCAAUGACAGGGAUGGGCGGUGACAUCUAUUUAAUUGGAGGGGUGAUCGGCCCUGAUAGAUGGAAUUGGGAUAUCAAACCAAUGUCCGAUGUUGAAGUCGUGACAGUCGGGGCUGAGAGACCAACCUCACGCCAGGCUGCUCCAAUGACACGAUGUCGCGGAACAAUUCUUGGAUGUACGCAGCUAAAGAUUUAGUUUAUGUUUUUAUCCUAACUGUUGCUUUUUUGUGAAAAAUUGUACUCUUGUUGAGGCGUCUGCACAUCUUAUCGGAUAUAAGAAACGAAGGUCUUGCUGGAAGCCCUGUUCUGUUUGUUGUAAAGCCAUAAUAUUUGGCCUUGUGUCUACUCCAGUUUAGAGGCCGACACUGAAGGUUUUUAUCCGUUUGACUGGCAACAAAAUGAGUCGUACAUGAAAUUUAUGUAGUAGCAUGCAUGAAAAAGUAUUUCUUUAUUGGGUAUUUGAAGAGAGAACAAACUUCUUGUAAUCUUGUUUAUCGCUAGUUUAUAUUUAUUUAUUUGUUUUUGGUAUGAGAAA